UUUUGACAACAUUUUUGUUGUACAGUUCUUCCGAGUCUUCUCGUGUCUAUGACGGCGGAAUGAUUGGGCCGAUCUGCGAAAACUUUAGUGAUACAGUAGGCUUGAAAUGCCUUCAAACGACGUGAUACUAUUGGGGUACCGACCGCGCAGCGACAUACAAGCAUCGGCAAAUAUACGAAGAGCAGUUAGCGAAGAUUGUCUUCUCGCAUCCCGAGGAGACGAGAGAAGACCUGGUUUUUCAAUGCUCAAAUUAAGUAAGACAAGGAUUUCUGUUGGAGACAGUGUCACUGUGUAUUGGGAUAUCCGAGAGCAGUGUGGAGCGAAUGAUUGGAUCGGUCUCUUUGAUUUAGAUGGUCCCACAUCGCUGACAAACUAUUUGGACUCCAAGCAAAGAGGGGUGACAGGGGCCAAGAGAGGAGCUAUCAAAUGGGCCAUAAACAGAGAUGUUACACUGGGAGAAGUGGAAAACAAGUGCAUUUUCAAGUACAUACAAGGCAGCACUAGUUCAGUGAAGGCCAUCAGUCCUACAAUUUACAUCUUCAACCCUUAUGCUGCACUUGCUUCACCUCACGGCAGGCCACGCCUUGGGUCUUUGGUACCAGAAGAGACCCUCCUGGAAUUUUCUAUUGCAGGUUUACAGGCUGAUGGCUUGAAGAAAAACAUCUUUGGUAGACCCAGCCCAUAUGUUAAGCUGUCAAUCAUGCCGUCGAAAAGACAUCUCAGGUCGUGGAAACAACAUCACGGACAGAUUGCCAAAACAUCAUCACAACCUAACACCAUAAGUCCAAGAUGGACGAGCGAGGAGUUUGUGUUCCUGGGUGGUGCAGACGACCUGUUAGAAGUAGAAGUGCGGAAUAAGUUUUCUGGAACGCGGCCUGCUUUCAGCCGCUUCCUGGGGAAACUAACUGUUCCUCUGGUGGAUCUUUUUGAAUGCCAAAGAAACAGGCCAGAGGAGUUCACUAAAUCUCUUGGUAGAAGGACACCUGCUGACAGAGUGCAGGGCACAAUUACACUCACCAUCACUGUUAUUGAACCAUCUAAUAAUUCAGAUGCUGCUUCUACUGAACAGGAAAAUGUUCCACCAAACGCAGCUUCUGGUGGUGAAUUCAAUGGAAGCAUUCAGCAAAAUAACCCAAGGUGCACGUUAUCAAACCCAUCGCUCAUGUCGUCCGCACCUAACAUUUUACAGCCUCUUACCUUAAACUCCAGCAAUGGUCUGCUGGAGACCAUCUUCCCCGUGGACCAAGCAGCAUCUCCUGUUUCUCCCCUGGGUGCUGCUGAACAGGAGAAUAACUUUGGCGAUGCUGCUCGAAGGAGAUUGGCACUGCACUCGAGACCACUCUCCGAGAUGUUCGCUGAGGAGGUCGUUCCCUUAGAUGAUAAUGAAGUCACAAGAAACCCUCGAGGGACACCCAGUGAGGGUGCUACUAGUGGGAAUUACUCAGAGGAGGCAGAAACUUUAGAUGUCAACAGGGCUUCCAGUGGAGUAGGAAAUUCUGAUGAAGUGGUAUCUCCGGGUGAUACGAUUGAUCAAGGUGAAGUUUGUCAUAAUGGACAAGAUGACAUAGAUGCUUCCUCUGGCCAGGAAGGUGCAACAGAACUAACCUCACUAGCAGACAGUCACGGUCUGGAGCACUUACCUAUGGAGAUCUCAGAAGAAGGUAACGGAGCCAACACAUCUGAAGUGGAUAUGGCUUCCUCAGCUGCAGGGCAAAGAACCAGUGUUGGAAGUAGUAUCGGAAGCAUUGAGUUGACAGAGGACUCGCCACUGAGGAUCUUGGAGGAGAGUGAGAGAGUUCGCGAGGAGAGUAUCGCUCUUUCAAGUGAAAAUCUUUUACAAGAUGCGACUGUUGAAUCAGAGGACGAACUUGAACAAAUGGAUACUACCGAUGAGACUGUUGUGGUUGGAACAGAACAGGAUAUUUCGAAUAAUUCAGACUUCUCAAUGGAAGAUAAUUUGUCAAGUGGGAACACAUCAGAGUUAACUUUGAUUGAAAAUCAAACGGCUGACCGAGAAACUGAUUUGCAAGAAACUGCUAAUAGUGUCCUCUUAGAUGAGGAGAUAGAUGAUCAGGUAUUGUCAUCACUACAGGACAUUGAAGGGUCUAGAGCAUCAACAUCUGUGGUUGAGUGCUCGCCCGGCCCUUCAUUAGCCGUGGUGUUGAAUGAAGCAGGGCCAGCUCCUGUUGAAGAAAAGCUGCAGCCGCGGGCAGAAGAUUCGGAUGUGAACCGCAAAUCAACAGCUUCGCCCGUGAGGCAACAGGAGCAUAGCCAACGGGAUGUACACAUGUCUCUUCUUGAGUACGUAGAAGAAAUAUUUAAUAAUGAAGCUAUGGAAGAGAGUAAUGACAGUGCUAUGAUUGUUGAGACUGCUGGGGAAAGUUCGCAGAUUGGCUUGUCAUUGACCUCUUCGGCACCAGAGUCAGCUCAGCCGUCUGUUGAGGACAUGGUAUCUUCCAGUUCAGAGUCGUCUAACUCAGCGAUAUCGUCGGUAACCCUUCCGAGGGAGGCUUCCGAACCUGUAUGCUUGAAUGCCACCUCACUACAGUCUGCUUCAGCUUCGGAAAUGUUAGUGGAUACACCACCAGAGGCAUUGAUGCUCAACAGUGAAGGGUCUGACAGGGAUAGCGCUGUUCCACAAAGGCCCCCUCGGGGUAAUAGACUAUCGCGAUCCAGUAGCGAUCCACGGAGUGCGCACUCAAGACGGGUAGCAGAAAGGGCACGCUUUGCUGAACGAGCCAAUCAAGGAGAGAAUUCUGAGAGGCUUUCUCGUCCACCAUUAGUUCGACGGGUCACCGAGCCUACUGCACUUUCAAGUGUAGUUGUUAAUACUGAAGCUGACCAGACGAACACAAGUGUACUGUCACUAUCUAAUGCAACAGCAGUAGUCACUCCAGUGGUAGAAGCUACCACAGAUGUCGAGGUGUCUCCCAUAGUGUCACCCACAGUCGUAAUGGCAGUGCCAUUAUCUCCACCUCCAUUGCGUACUUCUCUGUCCUCUUCAAGUAGUGGAGCCUCCCCUAUCGUUGUAGCAGAUGUUGUUGCUGGAACCCCAGCUUUGGUUACCGCAUUACCAUCUCCUGAUUCGAUCGUGGAAGGGAAUACGGUAACGACUUCUGAAAAUAAUUUCACUGUUGUUGCAGUUAGUUCCAACGCAAAUACAAGAGAUGGUAUCGAAUCGUCAACAUCUAGAGAGUCAGCAAGCGAGCGUGUACUUUCAAUGAUGACUGAAAGCAGACAACCUUCAUCUGCUCCGUCAACAUUACAAAGGGGCAACAUAUCUGCUGUUGGCUCCAUUCUGGCUAAUGAACCACAGGCUCAUCAUAGAAGAAACUCAUCGCAGGAUAAUUCAUCCUCGGUAGUGUACGCCACGCCAAUUUCAGAGCAAAGUCGAAAUUUGCCCAAUGAACCUAGCGCAAGUUUUCCCAGGCAGAGUAGUACAGCAAGAGUAACAGCACUGUCAGGAAACCGAAGACGUAGCAGUAGUAGUGGAGGUGGUUAUACCGUAACGAGGGACAUCUCCAUGGAUUCGCAGUCUUUACCGCGCAGCUAUGGUCAUAAUGUUUCAGAUUCAGUUUCUUCUGUUGUAGCUACCGCUAGUGCCUCAUCAAACUUAGAACAGUACAGGUCUCACACAACUCAGAGAGUGAAUCCUGAGACUUCUGUCAGUGCCACGUCUUUGCUUGGGUCUAGUGGUAGAUCAACCAGUAAUGUGAAUCAGUCCAGGGAAACCAUACAAUCUAUUCUCGCAACUUAUGUCGCUAAUUCAGCGCAAAUUCCACGUGGGAGACCACCUGCUGCGGGCCAACCUGUGGCAUCCACAUCCUCUUCUCUGGAAGCAGACUCGGGUAGGAGGCCGACGCAAGCCAGUAAUCGCCGAGGCUCUGGCCGGAGACAACAAGGAAAUGCGGUGCAUGUGUCCAUACAGGACCAACAACAAACAAGGGAGCAGCAGGGUCGGGCUGGACAGCAAGCCACUGAUGAGGAGGAACCUCUUCCUUCAAAUUGGGAAAGAGGAGUGGAUUCUCAUGGAAGAGUCUAUUACAUUGACCAUGUUAAUAGAACAACUACUUGGAACAGACCACGCAGAAAUGCACCAAGAAGUGAAUCCAACAUGAAUGACAUGAACACGCAUUGGCAAAGCUUGGAUAGAAGGUAUCAAAGCUUUCGCCGCACGCUUCGGGGUCGAAGUAGCCGUCAUUCACGUCCACCUUUACCUACAGACAACAGCAGGGCGAGUCAAACAACGGGUGAAUCGAGCGCCAAUACUAGCUCGGAAACUGGUGCAGCUUCCACUAGGCCUUCCCAGCUUCCUGCAACGCCACCCUCCUCGUCACCAAUUCCUCCUUCCUCGACGGAACCACCUUCCUCCACACCGUCCCCUACGUCUGCUCUCUUCUCCACCCCUGUACCGUCGACCUCUUCCACUCUAUCUUCUACACCGUCUACUUCUUCCACGCCGUCGACGUCUUCUGCGCCGUCCAGUUCGUCGGCGUCUUCCAGAAGCAACAAUUAUGCGCAAAUUCCUGCGGUGAAGUUCCUUACCAGACAUGACUUGAUUGACUAUCUCAAAAGUAAAGGGGUGGCCGGCCAUUACUAUUUCCAGAGCCAAAUGUUAAAACUAAUAGUCUCCAAGAUCAGAAGCGAACCGAGUCAGUUUGAGAGAUAUCGACACCAGGUGGAGCUUGUCAGGUUUCUGAAUCAGUUUGCUGACCCUCAGAUGGAUAUGCCCCCCGGCUGGGAUAAAAAAGUCGAUCAGUCUGGCCGGCUUUACUUCAUUGACCAUAAUUCACGAACGACAACUUUCAUUGAUCCGCGACUUCCCGUGGAAGAAACCUUACCGAGGAGAAACCGUUCAGAAACCGAGCCUCGACGCGCGCGCGUUCCUCCUCCCAGGCCUCCUCCACCGAGAGCACCGGGACGACAAAGCAGUCUUUCAACUCCAAUGACUUACAACCAGCAAGUUGUUGCAUUCUUGUCCCAACCAAACAUCGAUGAUAUUCUCAAAACGAAGUACCAGGGGUAUGCUAGAAGCCCCACUCUAAAAGCUAAUGUAAGAAAAGUACAGGCUGAGGGAGAGAGGGCCUUGGCACGACUUUCCAAUAAUUUAGACUUCAUAAUGCUGCUCAGUGUGAUGGAAGAGAGCAUCGUCGCGUAUGUCCCCCCAGAAGUCGAACAAACAACUGAAUCAACCCCUCAAUUUUCCACGUUUUCGCGUCACGUGCCUAGUCCCCAGGCUACUCCCGGAACUCGGUCAAGAGCCAACACAGACAGCACACUAAAAGGAGCGAUCGGCGAUUCCACUGCCAGUUCAAGUCCCGCGCCGUACAAACGUGACUUCGAGGCUAAAGUUCGCUCUUUUCAUCGUCAGCUCUACCACAAAGGUUAUGGGCAAGGACCUAAUAAAAUCAAAUUGAGUAUACGAAGGGACCAUAUUUUGGAGGACGCUUAUGACCAAAUCAUGAAAGAGCCUGCCAGAGCGCUCCAAAGGAACCGCUUAGAGAUCCAGUUCGCCGGAGAGGAAGGCUUGGACUAUGGUGGACCAGCGAGGGAAUUCUUUUUUCUUUUGUCCCGUCAAGUAUUUAAUCCAUACUAUGGUCUGUUUGAGUAUUCUGCCAACGACACUUACACUGUUCAAGUCAGCCCAGUGUCGCUUUAUGUGGACAACUCACACGAGUGGUACCGUUUUUGUGGGCGAAUUAUUGGUCUUGUCAUCAUACAUCAGCACCUGUUGGAUGCGUUUUUCACCAGACCUUUUUACAAAGCCUUGCUGAGAAGCCCUUGUGAUCUCAGUGACGUCGAAGCAAUGGACUCGCUCUUCCAUCAAAGCAUGACAUGGGUUGCGGAGAAUGAUAUCACGGGGGUUCUGGAUUUGUCAUUCACUGUCAGUGAGGAGAUUUUUGGGCAGGUAACCGAGCGAGAACUGGUUCCAGACGGUAAGAACAUCGAAGUAACAGAAAGAAAUAAGCACGAAUACGUGGAACAGAUGGUCAGAUGGCGGGUGGAACGCGGAGUUGCGGAACAAACGGAAAGCAUUGUGAACGGAUUUAAUGAGGUGUUGGAACCGAACUUCGUCAAUCUCUUUGAUGCGCGAGAGCUGGAACUAGUCAUCUCAGGCACGGCUGAUAUCGACAUUGAAGACUGGAGAAAGAACACAGAGUAUCGCUCAGGUUACCAUGGUAAUCACAAGGUGGUAAAAUGGUUCUGGAAGGUGGUUCGGUCUUUUGAUAACGAACAAAGGUUAAGGCUCUUACAGUUUGUAACAGGUACCUCCAGUAUCCCUUACGAGGGUUUUGCUGCUCUGAGAGGCAGCACAGGACCAAGAAAGUUUUGCAUUGAGAGAUGGGGAGAUUACACAAAGUUACCAAGGGCUCAUACCUGUUUCAACCGGUUGGAUCUUCCUCUGUAUCGAACAUAUGAAGAACUCCAUGAGAAGCUCACUUUCGCUGUGGAGGAAUCGGAAACCUUUUCAAUGCAGUGACCUGUCAGUCAAACUUGUUUUUUAAGACAACCUGCCCGAUUGAACAUUAAAACUGGCAAGUCGCUGCGACAGUUCCUUUCGUGUUACUUGAAGAAUGUUUAUCAAAAGCUUUGUUCUUGGUGUUGUGACAAAAUUGUCCCGAACAUAAGUCACAUAAAAUUCAAUCUGGUCUGACAGUGAUUCACCUCGUUUGCUAGUCCAGCAAAAAAAAGCAUAAAAAAAAAAAAGCUGAAAAGCCUUACCUUGGUUACCUUACCUGAAUGUCCAUUUUAGCUCAUGUACAUAGCGAAGUGCUGCUAAUUGGCAAAUUUCCAAAUGUAUUAAAAGAUAUGACACCUGGAGAAAGUAGAUUCAAAUUGUAGAACUAGGAAACAGAAAGAUUAGUUGGAGAAUUAAUUGAAAAUGAAACGCGUCGCAUUUUGCUAAAUUUGAUAUCAGCCGCAUCCAGAAGUUAGAAUUAAAUUUUUACGAAAGGUGGUAUGGAUUAAUACGUAACCAAUGGUGUUAGCGAUGUAAAGGAAGUUUUAUCAUGAAAUUAAUCUCUUACUUUUGCGUGGACAAUUUAGGGAGUGACUCUAGAAUAGAUUAAUUCUCCUGCGUGUAUGAAGUACUUUGUGUAAGCCUGGCUGUAAUCCCCCGCCUCUUCAACAAGCCAUUUCCAAUAGCUCCCAUGGCUCUGUUAGCGGAACUUUUGAGGAAGUUCGCGUGUAUCGAUCGGAUUACUCACUGUUUGUGGCGACGAAAUUUCCUUACCGGCUGUAGCCGCCUCACCAAGUGGACUAAGCUACCGAAGCUUGUCACUUCAUUAGACAGCAUUCUUUGAAUGGUUUUAUUUUGUGAAUUUACAAUAAGAGGGUCAAAUCUGUUGAUAACUGAAUCACAGAAACUUCACAUCUAAGGGAUCUGGCGAGUGCUCACAUCUUCAUUGGUAAGGGGGGAGGGGUAACGUGCACAUUUGUGCUUCGCAGGGGGAGGGAGGAGCGGGGCUGGAGGGAUGGUAUUGAUUUGAUAAUCCCUAACCUCGGGUCAAUUCUGAAAGUUGUAUUUUGUGUAGGAAUUGGCUCAUAAUACUUUAAAAUGCGUUCUUUCGUAUAACAAGACGUUUUAACGUUAGUUUGGUCGUGUCGCCCUAUGGCAUGUUGGUGUGGACGUGGGCCACGACAUCGUGAAUCACGAAAAAGACAAUUAAAAACAGGAAAAAAUUUGCUUGAGUGGUGCAUAUAUACAUAUGAUAACUUGAUAUAGAUUUUCAGCAUUGUGAACUUGUUGAAUUAAUUGUAAUGAAAAGAUAAAUUAUCAAAGCUGAUGCUAAUAUAAAAUAUUUCCUCCUUAUGAGGGAUACUUAAUUCGUGUGUAGGGUUUUUUGGCAGCUGAGUCACGUAAUUUGAAUAGUAUUGCGUCACGACGAAAUUUGUAAUUGAGUCUGGAAGCGAAAUUUGUGAAAUGCCUUCAUUCUAAUAGGUUAUUUAUUAUUAUUUUUUACACUUAAAAAGUUUCCACCUGCGGCUCAAUUUGUAGGUAUGAGGCAAUUGAAAAAUAAGUGUAUAUUAUGUUUGUUUUUUGUGAAGUUUUGUAUUAAAAGUUGUCUGCUUUCAUAGUG